AUGGUGAUUUCUGCAUGUGUGCCCAGCCACGCGUACGACCGUUCUGAUCACCCGGGCAGAAUUCCAGAAAGAACUCCCUGUCCUAAAUUUCUAAAUGUAUUUGUAUUUUUCUUUCAGCUUUACCAACAGGGCCGCUUAUGCCAACUGGGUAGUGAAUUUUGUGAACUAGAAGUUUUUGCAAAGGUGCUACGAGCUUUAGAUAAAAGACAUCUGCUUCAUCACUGUUUUCAGGCUUUGAUGGACCAUGGAGUAAAAGUUGCUUCUGUACUGGCCUAUUCUUUCAGUAGACGGUGCUCCUACAUAGCAGAAUCGGAUUCUGCUGUCAAAGAAAAAGCAAUCCAGAUUGGUUUUGUUUUAGGGGGAUUCCUGUCAGAUGCAGGCUGGUACAGUGAUGCUGAGAAGGUUUUUCUUUCCUGCCUUCAGUUAUGCACCCUUCAUGAUGAAAUCCUUCACUGGUUUCGUGCUGUAGAAUGUUGUGUAAGGUUGCUGCAUGUUCGAAAUGGUAACUGUAAAUAUCACUUGGGAGAAGAAACGUUCAAACUCGCUCAGUCUUACAUGGACAAACUCGCCAAACAUGGUCAGCAGGCAAACAAAGCAGCGCUCUACGGCGAGCUGUGUGCACUGCUCUUUGCCAAGAGCCACUAUGAUGAGGCUUAUAAAUGGUGUAUAGAAGCUAUGAAGGAGAUCACGGUUGGCCUGCCUGUAAAAGUAGUAGUGGAUGUUUUACGACAAGCUUCAAAGGCUUGCGUUGUAAAACGUGAAUUUAAGAAGGCUGAACAGCUGAUAAAACACGCAGUAUACCUUGCCCGGGAGCAUUUUGGAGCCAAGCACCCCAAAUAUUCCGAUACGCUACUAGACUAUGGAUUUUACUUGCUCAACGUAGACAAUAUAUGCCAAUCUGUUGCAAUCUAUCAGACAGCUCUUGAUAUCCGGCAGUCAGUAUUUGGAGGUAAAAACAUACAUGUAGCUACAGCUCAUGAAGACUUGGCUUACUCUUCGUAUGUUCACCAGUACAGCUCUGGAAAAUUUGACAAUGCACUAUUCCACGCUGAACGUGCUAUUGGCAUUAUAACUCACAUCCUCCCAGAAGACCAUCUUCUCUUGGCGUCUUCAAAGAGAGUUAAAGCACUUAUCCUGGAGGAGAUUGCAAUAGACUGUCACAACAAGGAAACUGAGCAGAGGUUACUUCAAGAAGCUCACGACUUGCAUCUGUCCUCACUCCAGUUAGCUAAAAAAGCCUUCGGGGAGUUUAAUGUACAAACAGCAAAACACUAUGGCAACCUUGGAAGACUGUAUCAGUCCAUGAGAAAGUUUAAGGAAGCAGAAGAAAUGCACAUCAAGGCAAUUCAGAUUAAGGAGCAGCUUCUGGGUCAAGAAGACUAUGAGGUUGCCCUGUCAGUGGGCCAUCUAGCUUCUCUCUAUAACUAUGAUAUGAAUCAAUACGAAAACGCUGAAAAGCUUUAUUUGAGAUCCAUAGCGAUUGGAAAAAAGCUUUUUGGUGAAGGAUACAGUGGACUUGAAUACGAUUACAGAGGUCUCAUUAAACUGUACAAUUCCAUUGGCAAUUAUGAGAAAGUUUUUGAAUACCACAAUAUUUUGGCCAAUUGGAACCGGUUGCGGGAUCGGCAGUUCUCGGUCACAGAUGCCCUGGAGGACGUAAGCACCAGCCCUCAAUCCACUGAAGAAGUGGUCCAGUCUUUUCUGAUGUCUCAGAACGUUGAUGGACAGAGUAGCUAAGAACUCGGUCAAUUAACCAGUUAAGGUUUUUUUUUUUUUUCCCCCAGGUUACAGGGGGAGAAGUCAUACUGUGAAAUCUAAACCAUGUAGUUCUCUGGGGGCUGGAAUUUGCAUUGAAACACUGGUCCAGUCUGCUGAAGAGUGCCCAUACGGACGAAUGUGUGUUAAAUUCUUAUCAGCAUGUGUAUGGCAUGUUUAGUUCAGCUCACAUUUUUAACUUGGUAUUCCCGAAAACUCCUCCUUUCUCUCUUCUUUCGAAAGAAGCUACUUUGCAGAAAGUCUGCAAGAAAACAUUAAAUAAAACUGUUUGAGUUCAAAAGAGUUGCAUUCUUAUUAUGAACGGAAGGUUUCACCAAGAGCUUUCUUCUGAUAUAUAGAACGAAUAAAUGCCGUACUGUAAGAAGUUACCCGAGAAAGGUCUUUCUACUGUAUGCAUUGUAGCAAAGCUACUCGUAAAAAUCAAGAAAAGGGAGAAUGCCCUAGCCUUGGCUGCUGCCUUACGAAGUAGAGUGGCAAAGAACCACUCCGGAGAGCAACAUACUCCUGGUGAACCGCCAUAGGUUGUUAAGCAAGUAACCACCGUAUUUUUACAAUUUUAAAAACAACCACCGUUGUUUUUAAUCUCCUGAACUGGACCAGUGUUCAUCUAUAAGCGACAGAAGAUCCAGUAGACCAGCAAGCUUAGCUUCCUUUGGUACCAACCAAGAGUGCUAAUCUUCUGAACAGGACCAGGAAAAUCAAAAGUGGACCAGCCUGCUAGAAACAGGUUUUUUUGGACCAGUGGCUUUAAUUUAAUAUUUCUGCCCCUGCAUUCACUUUUACAGUAGAAUGAUUUCAUUUAGAUGUAUGAUCAGUGCAAAAUUAUAUUCAUGUAAUAGAUACAAAACUAGGAAGUGAACGUUCUUUAGCGGUUGCGAUGGCAUGUCUUUACCUAGUAAGCUUAUACAAAUAUUAAUGUCGAUGCCACGAGCAAAAACUAGAAACGCUUGACUCUUUGCUGCAGCCAUCUUUUUUUCCUUUUUGAAUGGGCUUACUCUAAUAAUCGAGGCAGUAACUUGUUUAUACCAGUUAAUAGUUUUGUAUUACAAUCCAGUUCAAUUUUAUGUUUCUGGAGAACACAACUUAUUGUACAGUUUGCAGGGGUCAGCGGAAAAUGCCAAAAAGCACAACAGGUCUUUUUUUUGUGAUGCUUCAUUUCUACAUUAAACGAUAGUACAACCAGAAACCGAUUCCUUUAUAUUAAUUUAAAAAGCAGAAGUCAGCUGUAAAGAUCUAUAACAAUGCCUAUCUCACUAGCUUGUCUUAAUUUUUUUUUCUUCUGUUGCGGGGGCUGCUUGGAUGCGUGGGGUUUUGGUUUGGGUGUUGGUUUUGUGGUUUUGUGUUUGGUUUUGGUUUGUUGUUUUUUUUUUUUUAAUGUUGAGGUAAUACUCAUUCGAAAGUCUGUGUAACAUAGCAAACUAGGAACAACUCACUGCUGUUACCUCAGUUCUUCUUAUAGCAGCACAAACAGUGCUCCUAUAGUUAGGAUUCUGUCAGGUUGGGGGUUUUUCCCUUCCCCCCCUAUUUUCAGGGGUUUGUAACUUGGCUGUGGGAGGUCAGUCCGAGCCGAGGCUCAGCAAGUGCCGGUCCUACGGGACUUGGACUGGCUGUUUCAUUUGGGGUCUGGUUUUUUAAUUUGUUUGUGAAGUUUGGGACAGGGAAAGCUGCUCGUUGGUCUUGGAGAAAGAGUGCAGAGAAGAAAUAGAAAUUUCAGACGCGACUUUGAGCUUAAUGGCUCUCUUUAAGAAUGAAAUUUUACAGGCCAAUAGUUCAUGUACUGGUGCCUUCAAGUAUAUUUUGGGGGAAAGGCUGAAUAAUAUCAACUUUAAAAUGCAGUUACGGAAUUAGGGAAUGCAGAUACAAUGACCGCAGACUCGGAAUAUCUUCACUGGUGUGUAAGGGAGUAUUUGCAUUAAAAACCCCUGUGGUAUCGAGACUUAGACUGCAGUACAUCCUCAAUGGCUGUUCAGUGAAAAUCCAACUUAAAAUCAUGCGUGGAUUUGAACUCUAAUGUGUUUAUAGCUAUUUUUCUUUAGGACUGCUUUAGGUACUACAAUCAAAUUUGGCUCUCUGCAAGGCAAAACGUAUUUACCCCUGAAUGCCCCUGCAGCAGGGCACUGAUGAAUUACAAAGUUCUUACAAAAAUCUUAAGUCCUAUUAAAACUAUUUAAAAUUAAAUAAAGUAUGUAAUACUAGUGUCAGAACUUUAGGCAGGGAAGGUGCGCUUAAAAUUGCCCCAAAGAAGCUGUGGAACUUCUGUGCUGCAGAAGCAUUUAAAAGCUUUGAGCUGGGUACAUGGAUUUACACUUACGUUAUCUGGAGACCGUUUAUUUGCUCAGGGCUUCCAGUCUUGGGUCUCCAUUUCCAGCCUUUGACUAAGGAAUCUCAAAGAUCUCGAGGUUUUGUGUUUGGGAUGAGGAGCAUUACUUGACUGAUACCAGUGAAAGCUGUCUCUGUGAACCACUGUUGUUCUUUCAGCUGUGGGUUGUGUAUGGGUUUCAUGGUUUGCCUUCAAGUUAGGGCAACCAGGAGAGCUUCCAGCGUGGGGCAGGUUAGCGAGGCGUCACGCUUCUGUCUGGUAACCAAAUGCAUUGGUUCAGUUCGUUUAAUCGGUAGCUUUAGGCUCAAGUCUUGCUGGGUGGAGGUACUUUUUUUUCUUUCUUUCCUAAAGCUUCUUCACCAGAAUGUUACAAACUUUGGUGCAUUGGCUUGUCUGGAAGGAAUUAAGGUCCUAAAAGUCACCCAGUCAGUUCUCUCUGAUAAUGGACUUGGGCCAAGAAAUGUGACUUGGCCAGGAGUAGUUGCAGUGAUCCUUGUGGGACUACUAGCGUGCUCUUCACGUGACUGAAUUAAAUCCCGACUUGACUCUUGGGUUGAACUUCUCAUUGUAGCAUCUCUGCAGCUCCAGUCAUGCCAAGGCACGUAAAUUCUGGAGAAAGGUAGCUGUGGCCGAUAGCUGAAGUUGUUAGGGCGCGGGAGGGUUGUGGAACGACUUUGCAGCUGCCUACAAAAUGCUCCCUUGCCUGCCCUGCGUGCUGGAGCUUGGAACCUUCCCCUCGUGCUGUCCUUGCUGCAGAUGUAACGCUUAUUCUCCGUGUCAUAACAUAAACCUGAUCUUGCUAGGUUUGGGUCCUGUUUCUCCUAAGUUCAGUUCUCGGCGGAUGUCCGUGUUGGCCUCUGGAGGCUCUGAAGUGUCGUGGCGUUAGUCAUUCGUCACUGUUACUGUCUCUGCUGUUACAGUUUGAUAUUUUUGAGCAAGUAGGAGGCCAAUCGGAUGACUUGAGAGGAAGGUGGGUGACUUGUCCCUCCGUGCCACUGUGGUCGGAGUAGAUCCUGUAGCAUGGCUUCAGUAUGUCGUGACUUCUGCAGCAGGCAGAGCGAAAGGGGCGGGGGUGUAAUCCCCUGCAUCCCCCACCCUGGGCAGAGCUUGCCCUCAGCAGCCCCGUGCCUCCCUCUCUCCCCUUAGAGGCAGAACUGGGGAGCCCCCCUCCCGUUGCACCCCGGGGCGCAGGUUUUCCAUACGCGUGGGCGUGUCGGUACUGGGGAGGGGGGGGCUGUGCGUUAGCCGCGCGCGCUGGGAGAGCUCCGGCCCCCUGAGGCUCAAAUACCCGACUGC